CGCUUUGUUAGUAGACGAUUAGACGUGCAAAAAUUGUGACAUGUAUGUAACUUUUACUUUGUGAUGUAACAUGUAAAAUUAAGUUAAUCAGUUAGUAAGUAACCAGUAAUCAUCACACUGAUUAGAACAUCAUGUUCCGGAGAAGUCAGCUUUCACUUGCGCAGCACGUUUGCAGACAGCUUCCGAGGUCACUUUCUGGAACGAUGGCAUCCGGUGGUACGAUGGCGAUGUCCAAGAGUAAUGAGGAAUCUGAGGAUCUGUCACGGUCGUUUUUAACUCUUGAAAAAAUUGACGUCAACAUAUUUAGGGCUUCUGCAAAAUGCCUUUGGCGGCCAGUAGGGUCAAGAUUUGUGUUUGGGGGACAGGUUGUAGGGCAGGCGUUAACAGCUGCCUUCAAUACUGUUAGAGAGCCCUUGUUGUUGCACAGUCUGCAUUGCUACUUUCUAAAGGGAGGAAAUAAUGAAAAACCAAUAAUAUACCACGUUGAUAGGACGAGGGAUGGCCAGACAUACACAAGUCGCAAUAUUAAGGCCACUCAAGAGGGAAUCCCUAUAUUUACCAUGCAAGCAUCCUUCAAAGUUGAUGAGGUAGAUCCCUUAGAACAUCAAUUCACAAUGCCUGUGGUCCCAGACCCCGAAGAAUUGAUCAGUUCAGUGCAAUAUAUUAGAAACAGACUUGAAACAGAGACUAUGUCCGAUUCCGAGAGAAUAAGGAUUAGUGAGUACCUUACACAGACAAUACACAUAGAGUCCCGCCCGGUGGAUCCACAGCUGUAUCACGGCCAGAAACAAGGGGAACCCCGACGCUAUGUCUGGGUCAGGGCCAUGGAAAAUAUAGGUGAUAACAUGCAGCUCCAGCAGUGUGUGGCUGGGUUUAUCUCGGACUUGGCCCUGUUAGGGGCCGCCAAGCAACCAGCCCCGGUGGGUCACCAGAUCGGGUUCAUCACAUCUCUGGACCACAGCAUGUGGUUUCACAACACGUUCAGAGCUGAGGAAUGGAUGCUGUGUGAAAUUGAGAGCCCUCAGUGUGGUAAAGGUAAAGCCCUUGCCCUAGGCAGGAUGUGGAGGAGAGAUGGGGUGCUGGCUGUGUCCAUGGCCCAGGAAGGGGUACUUCGAUCAAAAAUUUGACCAGUCUCCUCAAUCAUUUAUCUAUUUUGUGAAGGUGAAGCUGUCUCAGGCAGACUCUGGAUGUCCUGAGAAGUAAAAUGAUGCCUUGUGUUCAGUGCUGACCAUGGUGGUCAGUGUUGACCAUGUUGUAUAGUGUGAUAGUUUGACAGUGGGUAGAUGUGAUGUUGUUUAUCAUUUGUAUGAUUUGACAAUCAUUGUUGUUAUUGAUGUGUUUUACGGGUAAGAAAGUGCAAGAGCUUUAUGCAAGCCUAUUCCUUGGAGGACAACAGACAUAUCAAAUCAAUUUCUUUUGAAUAUAUGUAUAGGUUUUAAAAUUUUACUUCACUGUCUUUUAUCCUGAUUCACAGAACACAAGACUACACUAAGAAUGUAAAUAAAACCAUUAUUAUUUGUUAUAAUAUACAUAACUUUUCAUGCUGCUGAUAAGUUUUCAUGUAAUUAUUUUGAUUGACGCAUUCAUUGUUUAAAUUUACACAACCCUUUUGGAAUUGCAGUAUUAUCUUGCCUUUAAAAAGUUCCAAUGUACAUGUACAUGUACCUGUUGAUUCAACUGUGAUAGAUACCGUAUAUACUUUUACAAAUGUUUAAAGCAUUCAUUGGUUAAAUUAUUAAAAAUUAUACAUGUUCCGGGUUUUGGUUUUGUCAGAGAUGCAUUGAAUUAACCACUGCUUGAGUUAAGUUUUAUGGCGUCGAACGAAGAUCGAAAGCCAUCUAAGGAUGGUAAGACCGGAAGUUGCAAAAUUUUAAGGAGCCGAACAACCCAUGCUAUCAAUAAAUCUGCAAAAAUGAGUGCAAAGUUUUCU